CUCUCCACGCUGUGCCGGCUCCUGCCCUUGUUUCAUACCGUCGCUCCCGUCCUGGUUCUGAUCCCCCGGGUCGCGCAUGCGCGGAUGGAGCGGCCCUCCGAGCGGAAGUCGUAACUCCAUUCCACCCUCUGAGUCGUAGUUCCGCUUCCGUUGUGUCGGCACAUCUUCCGGCCCUUCCUGAGGUGGCGGUGCGCGCUCAGUUGCAGCCAUGGCUCGGAACGCGGAGAAAGCCAUGACAGCCUUGGCAAGGUUUCGUCAAGCUCAGCUGGAAGAAGGAAAAGUGAAGGAACGAAGACCUUUCCUUGCAUCAGAGUGUAAUGAAUUGCCGAAAGCUGAGAAAUGGAGACGGCAGAUCAUCGGGGAAAUUUCCAAGAAAGUGGCACAGAUUCAAAAUGCUGGAUUGGGUGAAUUCAGAAUUCGGGACCUGAACGAUGAAAUAAACAAACUUCUGAGGGAAAAAGGGCACUGGGAAGUCCGAAUAAGGGAGCUGGGAGGUCCUGAUUAUGCUAGGAUUGGACCGAGGAUGUUGGAUCACGAGGGAAAGGAAGUUCCGGGAAACAGAGGUUACAAAUACUUUGGAGCUGCAAAGGAUUUACCAGGAGUUAGAGAACUUUUUGAGAAGGAGCCCCUCCCACCACCCCGGAAAACUCGUGCAGAACUGAUGAAAUCCAUUGAUGCAGAGUACUAUGGCUACAGGGAUGAAGAUGAUGGUAUUCUAGAGCCCCUGGAACAAGAACAUGAGAAGAAAGUUAUAGCAGAAGCAGUGGAGAAAUGGAAAAUGGAGAGAGAAGCACGACUUGCGAGAGGUGAUGAGGAGGAGGAGGAGGAAGUAAAUAUCUACGCUGUUGAUGAUGAGUCUGAUGAGGAAGGUGGCAAAGAAAAAGAAGGUGAAGAAGGCCAACAGAAAUUUAUUGCACAUGUUCCAGUGCCGUCCCAGCAGGAGAUUGAGGAAGCUCUCGUGCGGAGAAAGAAGAUGGAACUUCUUCAGAAAUAUGCUAGUGAAACUCUGAUGGCACAGAGCGAAGAGGCAAAAAGACUUCUAGGAUUAUAACACCACACUAGAUGACUUGAAUUCUGGUGCUGAAAAAGAUGGAGUCUACUUUAGAUUCCUGCUUUGAAACAACUCGAUGGGCACAUGUUACGAUUGGCUUUGAAGGUGAUUUGCUUCUUUAUACAAUGUGUAACACGUCUAAAUUUGUUGCCAUCCUUAUGGUUUUUAGCCGUGUCUGUGUGGAUUGCCUGAAUGCUGGAUAUUUCAGCAGCUGUUGUAAAUACUUGCACCCUUACAAUACUUUGUUCAUUUUUAGUAAAAUUUUUGUACGGACCAA